AUGGAUCGAAAUUUCAUGUUUCAACUUCGUCAACACCUUAUACGCAAUGAUCCGAAAACAAAAACUGAAAAAGACCAAGCUCGUACCGAAGUCUUAAUUAAGAAAGCCUAUUGCGAAAAAUUGGAAAAUUUGGGCGAAUCAGCUAUGCGUCUCUUCAAAAUAGAACACAUUAACUAUUUAAAUAGACGUCUUUUAGAUCUUCCCGAAUCCAUAGAACAUCUUGACGCAAGUCAGCCUUGGCUCGCGUAUUGGAUUGUUCACUCUUUGCGACUACUCUGCUAUGAGCUAUCAGAUAAACUCAAAACUAGCAUUAUGAACUUUGUAAAAAGCUGCCAACAUCCUCAAGGUGGAUUUUCAGGCGGUCCUCAUCAACUUGCUCACUUGGCGCCAACUUACGGAGCUGUUAAUUGCCUUGUUUCGCUCAAUUCCGCCGACGCUUUGGAUGUUAUAAAUCGUAAAGCCCUUGGAGAUUGGCUACUAUCCCUGAGGCAACCUGAUGGGUCUUUUGUAAUGCAUCAUGGUGGCGAAGUAGAUGUUCGAGGAGCUUAUUGUGCUAUCGCAGCCGCUUCCAUAACUGGAAUUAUCAAAACCCGUCCUGAAAUAUUUAAAGGAACUGCUGAAUGGAUUGCUCGGUGUCAGACCUAUGAAGGUGGUUUCGGUGGUCAACCGGGACUAGAAGCCCACGGGGGAUACUCCUUCUGUGCUUUUGCAGCUCUUGAUCUUCUGAAUGCCAUUCACUUGGUUGAUGUUUCACGUCUACUUCGUUGGGCUGCUAACCGGCAAAUGCCUACUGAAGGUGGUUUCCAGGGUAGAACUCACAAACUCGUAGAUAGUUGCUACUCGUUUUGGGUGGGUGCAAUUUUUCCUCUGCUGGAGCAAUUCCUUUUCGAGAACACCACCUCCUCAGGCGAUUCCACUCGUCCUGAAUACACCCUGUUCGACACUUCUGCUUUACAGGAGUACAUUAUCCUGUGUUGCCAGAAGGUUCAUUCCUCGCCUCCAGGUCUCUCAAUACCCAACGAUCGGUCCCCGGUGAUAAAUGCGAGUGGAGGUGGUCUCUUUGACAAGCCUGGCAAGAAUGUGGAUCCCUAUCACACAUGCUAUGCAUUGAGUGGUCUCACAGUUGCUCAACACUCUCCACGUAUUCCAGAUUCUUCUACCUCAACUAAUAUCGAAAAUUCAGAUAAUCUUCCUUAUCCACCAGUUCCCGCGCGAGAUGUGGCUGGUUGCCAGUGGGGCAAUGAGCUAGCUGAUAUCGACCCAGCGCUUAAUGUAGUGCUUGAUUCUGCCGUCUUUGGGCGUACCUACUUCAGCCUUCUAGACUCCUCUGUGAAUCGUGAUGAAGCUGCCAGCCAAGCCAUGGAAGCUGCCGAGGCCAUGGCUUUCAAACUGACAGUUUGUGACGAGCUAAUUGGGGGAAAUCACGAGGAAUCGGAUGUCUCCGAAUCGGGUUACUCUCUCCCAGACAUUUGUACAUCGCCUUAA